GUGUGUGUGCGUGCGUGUGUUUGUGUGCGUGUGUGGGUGCGUGCAUUUGUGUGUGUGCAUGUGUGUUUGUGUGUGUGCGCGUGUGUGUGUGUGUGGGUGCGUGCAUUUGUGUGUGUGCAUGUGUGUUUGUGUGUGUGCGCGUGCGUGUGUGUGUGGUCACUUUUCACCCUGUAGAGUUUGGGGCUCCGGUGUCACAACACCUGCUGGUCGAAUCACCUGACAGCGACUGUACCUCACACCUGCUCGGUGGUGCGGUGUCUCUGGGUGAGAUGGAUGAGUUGUUUCCUCUGUAUUCUCGUCUUCAUGUGGACUCGAGCCGCAGUGUGUCUGAGCUGCAGGUGUUAAGAGACAGUCUGGAGAGAGAGAGAUCACGUCGUAAGGUGUGUGAGCAGCAGGUGGCGUCUCUACAGAAUAAAGUUCUUCAGGUUCAGCAACAGUUCACACUUGCUGUGGCAGCUGACCGCAAGAAAGACAUCAUGAUUGAGCAACUUGACAAGACGCUAGUGAAGGUGGUGGAGGGCUGGAGGAGACAUGAUCAGGACCGGAGUGAUGAGAUAAAACUUCUGCAGGAUGAGAAACAGAAAGCAGAGACAACACUACACAAACAGAAAGAGGCUCUCUCUUGUGUGGAAGAAACUCUGAACAAAGAACAGAAACACAACCAAGAGCUGCAGGACACCAACACAAAACUGGUAACUAACACACUCACACCAACACACACAGCUGUCCUGUUCAGAGCCUCACAUUUCUAAUUGUGAUUGCGUGUG